AGAGGAACUGCCAUUUUUCACUGUGGUGCUGAGAAUAAAAAAAACACUCAUGUGGAAGUGAAAAUGUUCACGAAACGUCGGGGAAAUCCCAGUCUAUUUUGAGAAGUGGUGACCGCCUCCUCAACGCUGCUUUAAAAGCUGUGGCAAAAGCGGUGGCUCGAGACAGAAGCGGAGUCCACGGAGAGAGCCAAGGUGCGCUCUGUCUAGGUGAGUGAGCGACCGCGCGAGCUCAGAGGCAACAAGAGUCGGUCAAGGGUGGCCAGAGACUCCCGCGGGCCUUGAAGAGCGGCGACGAACGGCUAGCGUACCAGUCUUUGAAGACGUAAAUAUAUCCAAAGAUGAGUCAAGGAGCCAUGGCACAUGUGGAGCGGCCCCUUCCCUUCAUCCUCACGGACGAAGACGGCAGAUUCUACGUCGAUGAAAAAACCGCCGGGGUGAUCGCGAGCAUCCGGCAGCCGGUGGUGGUGGUGGCGAUCGCGGGCCGCUACCGCACGGGCAAGUCGUACCUCAUGAACCGCCUCGCGGGCUCCAACAACGGGUUCUCUCUGGGGAACACGGUGCAGUCGCACACAAAGGGCAUCUGGAUCUGGCCGAGAGCCCAUCCCCUGCACAAGGACAAGUGCCUCCUGCUCAUCGACACGGAGGGCCUGGGCGACGUGGAGAAGGCUGGUGACAAUCACGAUACGUGGCUCUUCGUGAUGGCCGUGCUGCUGAGCACCACGCUGGUGUGGAACACGACCGGUGUGCUCAGCAAGGAUGGCUUCGAUCAACUUCAUUUCGUGGCCAACAUGACGGAGCACGUGCGCACCAAAAUACACCAGAGAGAGGACGAAGUGGGCCAAGACUUCAAGCGGUACUUCCCAUCCUUCGUUGUGUGCGUGCGCGACUUCACACUCAAACUGGAGAUCGAGGGCAAGGCCUGCGACGCCGACCAGUACCUGGAGCACUGUCUGGGUAUACGCAAGAAGGGGAUGACAGCUAACUGCCGCUCCUUCAACGAGCAGAGGGAGCUCCUAAGCAGCUUCUUCAAGAAACGGAAAUGCUUUGUGUUCCCGAUGCCAACCCACCCUGAAGACCUGCAUAAGCUGGAGACCAUUUCGGAGCAGCAAUUGAACCCUGAGUUCCUGCAAACGGCAGAGGAUUUCACGACUCACAUCCUCCAGACGGCGCACAUCAAGCACGUCGACAACGCAGUGCUCACGGGUCCCCUGUUCCUAAAGCUGACGGAGCAGUACGUGAAUUCCCAGCGCUCGGGCGAUGUUCCGUGCAUCGAGAGUGCCCUAACGCAGGUGGUGACACUGGCGAACAUGCAGGCCAGGGAGGAUGCGAUGUCGCUCUACGAGAAAAGGAUGGAAGCCGUAAACCAGCAGCUGCCCCUACCCAUUGCCAAACUCAACGAAUUCCACCAACACGCGCUGGAGCAAGCGGUGGAGGCGUUCCACCAACGGUCCGUGCUCGACUGUGAGCAUAAGCACGAGAAGGAGCUCAUGGACUCACUCGUGACUGCGUACGAUGACUGGAAUCAGAAGAACAAGGACACAUCCAUGCAGAGGUGCAAGCAGCGCCUGUCGGAGCUCUACGAGCCCAUCCGCGUGAGAGUUGCCGAAAAGAUCUUCAUCAAGCCCGGGGGCUACCAGGAAUACAAGCGCAUGAUGGACGCGGCCGAGAAGAGCUACCGUACAACGCAGGGCCUGGGCGACGAGAUGGAGGCGGUGCUCCUGGCCUUCAUCGAUCUGAAGAAAGAAGAGGGACAUCUCAUCCUCAUGAUGGACAAGAGCGUGACUGAGCUGCAGAAGCAGAGAAUUGAGACGGAGGAAAUGGAGAAGAGACUGGUCCAGCAGCAGAGGGCGCUGGAGAAUACCAAUGCCCAGCAGGAAGCGCAAAUCAGCGCGCUCAAGAUGCAGAUGGAGACAAACCAGCGGUCAUUCAGUGACAAACUCAGGGAGGUGGAGAAACAGACGGACAAGAAACUGGAGUCGCUGCAAAAAGAGCAUGAGCAUCAGAUGAAGAUGUUUUCGAAGAAGAAAAGAGGCCAUGGUAUUUUCGCCACCAUAGGGGACAUUAUGGACCAAUCCUGCACCAUUUGCUAGUUAAAACAUGGCAGAAAAUCGCGUGGCAGCCGAGUGAGUGGUUAGAUGCUGGAAGAAAAAUAAUUUACUGAUCACACAUACCCAAGUGCAGUGUUGGUGCACGGUGUAAUUGGCAUUUCCUUUAGACGUUCACAAAUUCGACCUUUUCAUAUGCAGUCAUAUGUAGUUUAGCUUCUGAAGUACCCCAAAGCAAUUCCCUGUGUUUAAAGCGAUUAGUGCUUCAUUUAUGUAUAGAAGACUACGUGUGCAUGGGGUAAUUCAUUUUAUAUCAGUGUUCAUAUAUCCACCUAUACGUCCAGUCAGUGCUGGAUAUGCAAAGGUGGGCUCUACAGAUACCUGGAGCCUGUUAUUCAAAACGUAAUGUAAGCAACAAAGUCCAGUCAAGUGCAACAGCUUCAAAAAGUUAAUCAAAAACUGCCUUUUUAAGGUGAAAUAACUGUUGCAGCAUUUAGAAAAAAGACAAUGAUAAUGCAAGGAUGUGUGGUGUUUGUAUCAGAAAUGUGCUUAUAUAAGGUGUGCUCAUAUCCAUCUUCCAUACGGCAGAUUGAGUGAAUGAUUGAUGGGCUUCAUAACUCACCAGAUAAGUACAUUUUUUUCAAAGAGGUGGCCAGGAGGCUUGCGGAGGUCAGAGCGUUGAGAUGGCAAUGCUGUCAUCCUGAGUUUGAAUCCAGGCAGUAACUCGUGAUUUAACUCAGUGAUUACCGUAUUUUCCCGCAUGUAACCCGCGGGGUAUACCACUUCUUACUAACAAAACAAGACCAUGCGGGGUAUAUGGAGG